CAUCAGGAUCUUGUGGUUCUCUUGAUAAUAAAGGUUCUCUCUCUCUCUUUCUCUCUCGGCUGUUGCGCUCUUUCCCUCUCUCUGUAAAUGCUAUCGUCUGUUCAAAUUCCAUAGUCGCCUAGCCGGCUGCACUUACUUUCAUACGCUAUAAACGUUGGCUGGGUCUGAAAAUGCAAUGUUGACGUGAAGAACGUUCUAAUGUCCUUCUGGGGAAUACAAGGGCGACACGACACUGUUUCAAGAUAGACAGAGGUGUCCUCACACGCGUAUCACAAUGGAUCUCUCAUUUAUGGCUGCGCAGUCGGUCAUGGCGGGGGCCUUCAUGGACUCGCCCAAUGAUGACGACAGCACGGACCACUCACUUUUCAACUCCUCGGCCAGCGUCCACGCCGCCUCUAUGGCGGCCCAUGACCAGCCGGAGCGGGAGCCCAUGUCCCGCGACGCCAUCUGGCUUUGGAUUGCAAUCACCGCCACCAUAGGGAACAUUGUGGUCGUGGGAGUGGUGUAUGCUUUCACUUUCUGAGUGGUGGAAGCCAUGAUGGAGACAUGCCAGCAGGAGGAAGCUUCUGGACAAGACAUUUGGACAUGAGCUAGGAACACCACAGCAGCCAACGGCCACUCUCAAAGGCUACACUGUUACAGAACAGUGAAUGAUUAUUGCAUUGGCAUCUUGUCCAAGCAUUUGAAAGACAAGGCAUUGUUCACAAUUACAGAAAUUAAUAUGUGUAAUAAAUUGGUCAUGUUACUGCAGCCAAAGGUCAAAAUAUGGAAUAUUGUAUACAUUAGUGCUGUUGACUAUACAUUAAGAUGUUGACAUUUCUGAUGAAGCUUUCUGAUGAAGCUUUAAAUAGUGAACAGUGAUGUACUCUGAAUACGCUCAGAUGUCAUUGGUCAAUUCUGAAAUCAUUGGACGUCAAAUAUUCAGAUAAUAAAACCUUAGUAACGUGCUGUUUGGAGCGUUUAGAGAUCAUUGUAUGGAAAGUAACACUGGUAAGUUUUAGCAUGUCUUUAACAUCACAGUCGUUACUAUAUUCUACAUCUGCCCGAAAUAUGGAGUUUAUGACAAACAUACUAGACACAGAACGUCUAAAGAUCUUUACUGUCUGCAUGACAAUAUAGUUCACCUGACAGUAUCAGUUUUGAAUUAAGUUAAUCUAGUUCUCCGCUUUUCUCCUCUUUUUUGCCUCAGUGAGCCUUGAGUGCUGAAUAGACAAUCUUUUCCCAGCAUAUUUAUAUCUAAGAUGGUAUGGGUAACCUAAAUCUAUUUCUCUUAAACACCCCUAUCAGACCUCAAACCCAUAUGAGCGGGAACUACAAUUUAUAGGAAUGGAUGUUCACCUUGAACACUUUUCGCAGAUGUUUACAUGUGGAAACAACAUUCCUCACACUUAGAAGUUAGUUGGAUUCAAGUCUAGUGUACAUACAUCUUGAUGUGACUUCUGUAACCAUUUCAAUGUCGGUCUUGAUGUAUAUUUUGAUCGAGUAUUAUCUUUCUUCCUCUUUAUAGUCUCAAAACACAUUGUAACCCAAACUGCUUUCCAAGCCAAAUAGUUUUAAUGAGCCCUGGAUGCGACAAUAGCCAGUUGCCAUAGCGAUGCAUCUCUGUCACUAUGUGCCUCAAGGAUACCAUGUCUCUCGUUCCCAGUGCAGCACACCUGUUUAUCUCUCUCUCUAAACUCCCUAGCACAUCUACCCAACAGACUCACACACACACACACACACAGGCUCUUUACAUGUGGACAUCGAUCACAUCAUACAUUAGCUGAUAAUGUUAUAGACUAAGAGUCAACUUAGAUACCAUAGGUUGAAUGAUACUCUACACAUAUGAGCUUUAGAGCUCAAAUAGUUUUCUACUGCUGGUUGCCCUUAGAUACCAUAAGCAUUUCAUAUUGUAGAGCAGGGCUCUCCAACCCUGUUCCUGGAGAGCUACCCUCCUGUAGGUGUUCUCUCCAACCCUGUUCCUGGAGAGCUACCCUCCUGUAGGUGUU